GACAUUCGAAGUAAAAAUAUAGAUAGUUUCCAGUUUAUUUUGAACUGAAUGCUGCGAAUACAGUGUAUGGAAAGUAUUAACUCAUUUAUUUACUUCCAUUCAUUUUAAAGUUUUUGUAAAUAGUUCAGUAACUUAUUUUCUCUAAAAUGGGAAUAAAGAAGUUUAAGAUUAUCUUUGAUAAUCCUGUUCAAACCUACAAACCUGGAGAAACUGUCAGUGGAAAAAUUCUAUUAGACUUAGAUUCAAAUAAAAAAUGCCGAGGUAUGAAGGUAAAAAUAAGCGGAAAAGCUUUUACUCGUUGGAUUCAACCUUCGGGUAAUGGAAGUAAACAAAUUCGAGGCCAUGAAACAUACUUUUCAUCGAAGUUUUACGUUGUUGGAGGACAAUCAGAUGAAAUGGAAUUAACUGAAGGUGAACACAUAUUUUUAUUCGAAUAUGUCUUGCCUACAAAUUUACCAACGAGUUAUGAAUUAAAAUUAGUAAAUAAUGAAGCACAUGUUCGAUAUAUUGUUAAAGCUAUUAUCGAUCGCCCAUGGAAAUUUGAUAAUGAGACAGAAGCUCCUUUUACGGUUGUAACUGAAUAUGAUCUUAAUACUGAUCCUAUUGCGAGAGGUCAAGUAUUCAUAGAAGAAACAAAAACCUUUGGAAUUUUUUCAAGUUCACCUCCAUUGAUUGUAACUCUAUCGUUACCAUUUCGAGGAUAUGUUCCAGGUCAAAUAAUUCCUAUAACGGUCAAUGUAGAUAAUCAAUCUGGCGUGGAAGUUAAUCAUAUAAAACUAAAACUAGAAAUGUAUGGAACAUACUUACAAUCAGGAAGUUCUUCCUAUCCAAUGAAAAAGAAAGUUAAUAUGUCCAUUAUUGACACUAAAAAAAAUAAAUAUGAGGAAGAUGUAUUUCAAUUUAUUCAUAACUUUUACAUUCCUCCCACUCCUCCAUCAAAUAUUGGCAUGAACUGCAGCAUAAUUUCAAUUGAAUAUGCAAUUGAACUUGAAGCUGAAGUCGACAGAAUGCUUAGCAGAAAUUUGAAAAUUUCUACUCCCAUUGUGAUAGGAACUGUACCGCUAGAAAAUUAUUUAUCAUCUAUAAACUCUUCAUUAAUGACAAUUUCUCCAGUUUAUGGAAAAUCAAUGUUUGUUGUUGAGAAUCUUUGGGAAGAAAAUAAUUCAGAGUAUGUGAUGAAUAAGGAAAAGUUUGCACCAAAAUAUCUUGUUUACGAUUUUUCCACUUUUCAAUAAUAAUAUAAGUUUACAAGUUUGCUUCUAUUAAUAUAUCUUCAAGUCGAUGACUCGUAAAUUAAAACAUAUUAUUCGCAGGACACUCUAUUACAAACUUUGCUUAACUAUUUAAUAUUUAUUGGGUCUAUCCAUAUUGAGGAAAGUUGGAACGUACAGAACGUAACUGAAUGUCACUUCUUCAUUUACUUGUCAUUGAUUCGUGACGUUCACAUUCUACAAACUUUUUGAAUUUGCAUUAUAACUGCAUCAUAUUAUGUACAGACAUAAUGCAAAUUUAAAAAGUUUGUUUUAGGUGUCCCAAUUCAGAAAUUUUGACUCAGGAAGAGAGUGUAAUUUCUGGGUUACCAUGGAUAUUUUUGAGGCCCAAAUGUAAAACGUAUAUUGUAAAUAUGUAUUAUGAAUAUUUAUUGUAAAUCUUAACAUAACUUAAAGAUACUAAUUUUAUUUUUGAACAAAUUCUCAAAAAUGUAAGAUCUUCCUAUUGUGUGUAUGCCUGUGUAAGUAUCAGCGAUUAUGAAGAGUAGCGAGAGAAAUGUGAUAAGAGUUUUAGGAAAAGCGGAGUGAAUCAGUAUUUUGAUGACAUUCGAGACUACUUAGCCUCAUUAUGGCACAAUAUCAUUGCAAACAAAAGUAUCUUAAUUUAAGAUGUUUUGGUAAUCAUUUCUAAAAUGUUUUGGAAGACACUUUUUAGUUAUUUGAAAUAUCUUAAUUUAAGAUGUUAAAAGUAUCUUCGUACACAUUUUCAGCAUAUUUUUUGUGGAAAAAGUUUUGAGGUUAACUAUUGGCUAAUAUGUAAAACACUUUAUGCAUCUUAGUUUUUAGUAACUUAUAUUCUUUUAAUCUUAUAAUUCACAACUAACUUAUCGCUAAACAUCUUAUUGCGCCAGAAACAUAAUUAAAGUUACUUUUAAAAACUUGCCGAAGUAACUUACUUUUCUAAGAUGGAAAAAAUAUCUUUAUCACUGCUAAAACCUAUAAAGCAUCUUAGAUUUUAGUGAGAUAUUUUAGAAAACAUCUUAUUUUAAUAACAAUAAAAGUAUUUAAUCAGUUUUAUGUCAUUGUAUUUAUUUAAGUAUUAUUCAUUUAUUUAUUUAUAUUUAUUUAUUCAAUUAAUAAUAUAAUAAAGUAAUAAUAAUAAUAAUUAAAUCAUGCAUGGAAUCGAUCAAACACAAUGCUGAAUACCUAUUAAAGAAGAGUCUCGAAUUACAUGGUAAACUGAAUUACACAAAUGCUUUGUUCAACGAUAAAUUGCUAAUUGAUGAAAACUUAAAGAUGAAUAUAUUAAGUAAGAAAUUGUUUAAUA